AGUACAACUGUUUAUAUUAAAUCUAUUUAUUUAUUUUAAAAGACAGUAAAAUAUAGAAAGGCGUGAUGGGCUUUCUGACAGUAUUAAAAAAGAUGCGUCAAAAGGAAAAGGAGAUGCGUAUUUUAUUGCUAGGAUUAGACAAUGCAGGAAAAACAACCAUACUCAAGCGUUUCAAUGGAGAGCCCAUUGACUCAAUCUCGCCCACCCUGGGCUUUAAUAUUAAGACACUAGAACACAACGGCUAUACACUAAAUAUGUGGGAUGUGGGCGGACAGAAGUCGUUGCGCUCGUAUUGGCGCAACUAUUUUGAGUGCACAGAUGGGUUGGUCUGGGUCGUCGACAGUGCCGACCGUAUGCGCAUGGAAUCGUGUAAAGAGGAGAUGCAAGUGCUGCUUCAAGAGGAGCGCUUGGCUGGGGCAACGUUACUUGUCCUCUGCAAUAAACAGGAUUUGCCAGGCGCUUUAAGUUCAAAUGAAAUCAAAGAGAUACUAUGUUUGGAUGACAUCAGUACGCAUCACUGGUUGGUAGCUGGAGUGAGUGCAGUAACUGGAGAAAAGCUGCUAAGUUCCAUGGACUGGCUUAUCGAUGAUAUUGCUAAACGAAUAUUUACAUUGGAUUAAAGGCGAAUGGCUAUUUCUCAACCAAA